AUGAAGAUGGUGGCUGUGGAUACCUCACCGGUCAAUUGUAAGAUGACCGACUGCAUUUCUAAUUAUAUCAACACUAAUCUCCAGACAAUCCUCCUUCGCGAAGUCCCAGCGCACAGGAAAGGAGUCCUUACUGACUUCAUCGUUGGACUAGACCUCCACUUUGCUUACCCCGAGAUCAAUUCUUUGGUUGUCCUCGAUGCCAGCUCCAUCCACUACCUUGAUAUGGCUGCAAAGCUCAACCAGAUCCCCGAGAGUAUCUGCUGCCCAAAGUGGGCUGUCGCACGAGACUCGACAGUUUACGAGGCCACUCCAGCUGCGUCUACCACUGGCUCAAAGGCAAAUGCUGAUCAUAGUCCACCCAUGGCUUGGCCCGCUUCAUUCGGUAGAGAUCUCACACAGGAAGAAGCGUACAUUCAAACACUUCACGCUUCAACUGGCGCUUCUCUCAAGCUCACCGUCCUCGACCCCACCAGUUGUGUUUGGACAAUAGUCGCAGGUGGAGGUGCAUCCGUCGUCUACAGUGACGCCAUCGCAGCAGCGGGUUUCGCACAUGAACUGACCAAUUACGGUGAACACUCUGAUGCAUCAAACGAGGGCCAGACAUUCGAAUACGCAAAGGUGAUCAGCAUAUGCGACUUUCAAGCGAACAAGCUCAUCUCUGGCAUCGGCCACAAGAUCAAAUCAGUAAACAACCCCGAUCUCCGUGUCGAGCUUGUCAAGGAAUAUGUGGGGAAGAACUUCCUGAGCCACUCGCUGCUUGACUACGUACUUGCCGUUGAGAAAGUGACCACGAGCAAGAAAGAUACCCUCAUCCUCAAUGUCGACGGCUGCAUCGGUGUUGUUUCGUUGACCUCCUGCACGACAGCGGCGCCCUCACUUCCGAAGAAGGCGACAAAUACAUCAAGAUCAAUGGUCUCUCCGUCCUGGGUCGCAGCAUCGGUUUCAUCGGGCAACCAAAAGAGGCUCCGUGCACUGCUUUACAGACACCCCUGCUGA